GUUCACGAUAAGGCUCCUGUUUGUGGCGGUGUCGCUGCAGCUCGGCCUACGUUGGUGGGAGUACCCCCUGCACAGGUCCCUUUUGCAGUGCAGAUCCAGUAGUUGGAGUUGCUGUACACCGGAGCACGAGAGGGAGAGGAGCGCGAGCGCAGCAGCUCAGUGAGCAAACAGAGGUAGCGAGACGUUAUCUUUUGAGACUACCACACAUCGAGCUGUCACUUUUACGCUUCGUGCCGAGUCUACUUGAAGAGAACCGAAGCAGGAGCAGCAGCAGCAGCCGCCGCCGCAGACGCGCCCGGGUCCGGUCUGGUGUGCUCGAGCAGCCGCCAGUGAAAAACUCCCAGACGCGGUCGUCUCAGCUGGCAUGAGCUAACCUACCAGACAGACAUGGAAACCAAACCGUUCCUGUCAUUGGGGUUCCUGAAGCCCCAGUGCUCGUUGGCUCCUCCCAUGCAGCGAGGCCGCUCGGCCGAGGCUUGUUCCUGUUUCAGCGGCAUGUGUCCCCUCCAUCAGCGCCGCCUAUCCUCAGACUCGUCGGGGCACCUGACGUCCUCGCCCCUGGGCUCACCCACAUCCCACCGGGGAAUGCACCCGUCUCUGCUCAGUCCGACGUCCAUGGGGCCCUCCGGCUCUCUUCACUCUCCCAUCAGCACGCUGAGUUCGCCCAUGAACGGCCUGGCCUCCCCCUUCUCUGUCAUCAGCUCGCCUAUGGGUCCCCACUCCAUGAACUCACCCGGAAUGGGCUACGGCCCCAGUGUCAGCCCCCAGAUGUUCCAGCUGAACUCGCCGAUGAACUCGGUCAGCAGCACGGAGGACAUUAAGCCCCCGCUGGGCCUCAACGGCGUGAUGAAGGUGCCCGCCCAGCCCUCAGGCACCAUGUUGUCGCUCACCAAACACAUAUGCGCCAUCUGUGGUGACCGCUCCUCAGGUAAACACUACGGAGUAUACAGCUGUGAGGGCUGCAAAGGUUUUUUCAAAAGGACGGUGCGCAAAGACCUGAGCUACACCUGCCGCGACAACAAGGACUGUGUCAUUGACAAGCGCCAGAGGAAUCGCUGCCAGUACUGCCGAUACCAGAAGUGUUUAGCCAUGGGCAUGAAGAGAGAAGUUUUGUUACAUGCAGCCGUUCAGGAGGAGCGCCAGCGAGCCAAGGAGAGGAAUGAGAACGAGGUGGAGUCCACCAGCUGCGCCAACGAGGACAUGCCCGUGGAGAAGAUUCUGGAGGCGGAGCAGGCGGUGGAACCCAAAACCGAGACGUACAUAGAGACCAACCUUGGGGUGCCAUCUAACUCGCCCAACGACCCGGUAACAAAUAUCUGUCAGGCGGCUGACAAACAGCUCUUUACUUUGGUCGAGUGGGCCAAGAGGAUCCCCCACUUCUCUGAGCUGCCACUGGACGACCAGGUCAUCCUUCUACGAGCAGGUUGGAAUGAACUUCUCAUUGCAUCAUUUUCGCACCGUUCAAUAACGAUUAAAGACGGGAUCCUGUUGGCGACAGGGCUGCACGUCCACCGCAACAGCGCCCAUAGUGCCGGAGUGGGAGCCAUCUUUGACAGGGUGCUCACAGAACUGGUGUCAAAGAUGAGGGACAUGCAGAUGGAUAAGACGGAACUGGGGUGCCUUCGAGCUAUAGUCCUUUUCAACCCAGACUCUAAAGGUCUGUCCAAUCCAGGUGAGGUAGAAGCUCUGAGAGAAAAAGUGUACGCGUCUUUAGAGGCCUACUGCAAACAGAAGUACCCCGACCAGCCUGGCAGAUUUGCCAAACUGUUGUUGCGGUUACCAGCGCUGCGCUCCAUCGGCCUCAAGUGUCUGGAGCACUUGUUCUUCUUCAAGCUCAUCGGCGACACGCCCAUUGACACCUUCCUCAUGGAGAUGCUAGAAGCCCCCCAUCAAAUGACAUAAUAGCAGAGCCCUCCUCACCCUCCCCCAAACAUUUCUCACCAGCUAUGGAUCAGGAGAGAGUCCUUUUAAAAACAAAACAAACAAAAAACU